AUGGGGACCUUUGCCAGCAGCUGCCAAAACCUUUUGCCACCACCGCCAAAACCUUUUGCCACCACCGCCAAAACCUUUCGCCACCACCGCCGCCAGGUCCCCACCUUGAGUAACGCAGAACUUUUUGAGUGGAAAAUGAUGCAGCGCAAUAGCUCGUUUGAUAUUUUCCCCGAGAGAGGGCUGUUGGAGGCAGGGAUAAACCCGCUCCCAGCCGCAGCCGCUGGCCUGCAGGGCUCCUCUCGCUGGGGCAGUAGUGGCUUUUUAUUUAUUUUUUCUUUCUUGGAAACCAGUAAAAGAUUCUGCAGAAGCCGUGUUGGACGCCGGUGGGGAAACAACCUGGGACACAGAACGAGGUCACCGGCCUGCCCCGGGGUGGUUUUGAUGAGCUGCCAGGCAGAGAGCGCGAUCCACCAGCCCUGGAGCAUCAUCCGCCACCAUCCCACCGGACGCGGGGCUGGCGGAGGAGGCGAGGGACCCUCGCAGCCAUCACCUCGCCGGCGGGACCCGGGCUUUGCUCCCCGCUUCCCCUGUGGCACAAAAGCGCUGAGCCCAGCAGUGCUCCCAGCACCGUCUCCCACCCGCAAGGCAGAUAUACCCGCACGACGGGUCUGCGGGUUCAGCCCUGAGGCUUUUACUGCCACACAGGGAAAAGCUUUUUCCAACUCAUUUCCCACUCGCAUCACCAUAAAGCCUCGGGCGUUUCAGCCCAUCUCGCGGUAA